GAGGUUGUAGCAAUGUAGGAGUUGGUCUCUUCCCCCAGGUAACCCAGUAAUAGGAUGAGAGGAAACGGCCUCAGGUUGUGCCAGGGGAGGUUUAGAUUGGAUAUUGGGAAAAAUUUCUUCACCAAAAGGGUUGUCAAGCAUUGCAGUGGGCUGCCCAGGGAAGUGGUGGAGUCACCGUCCUUGGAGGUAUUUUAGGUAUGUGGCACUUAGAGACAUGAGCUAGUGGUGGACUUGGCAGUGUUAGGUUAAUGGUUGAACUUAAGAUCAAGUCUUCCAACCUAAAUGAUUCUCUGAUUCUACCAGAAUGCAUAAGCUUUUUAUUUUUGUCAUUCAUCCGGGUGCUGUUACGUCAUUAGCAUUUUUAAAGCACUAAUUCUUUCCUUACUUCUUGGAGGUAUCUUAUGUACUUAAAAUUAUUACAAGUUUUCUUAAACCAAAGCAUAUUUGUGAUUGAUUGCAAUGCUUUUAAUGGUUUUUAAUGUAAAUCUGAUGAUUUAGUUUGGUAGUUUUAGAUUGUUUUUUGGAAAUGAAACCUAUCUUAAGACUUAAGAGUGAAGAAAGGUAGAAGCCCUUAAGAGAUUUUGCAGCAAACUAUUGACACAUGGUUUCAUUGUCAUUAAAACCAUUACUACUAAUAGUACAAGAAAUGAGCAGUGCAGCUCAACUGUUACUAGUAUGCAGCAAACUAGAAGAGGAAGAAGUGUAGUGGGAAUAUAUCCUGGUUAUCAGGAGACUUACAUGGUGUGUUCUUUGUUUAAAAAUAUUUUGAAGGGAAAAAUAGAAGUUCCUAUUACAGAGUUUUCCAUAAUAAAACAGAUAUUGAUUUGUCAGACUUUUAUUAAGUUAGUUUUUAAAAAGUAAUUGUUUAAAGCCUUUUGAUUUGCAUUAAAGAAGAAAAAAGAGAUGCAUUAAUUGCAUCAUAGAAUAAGAGUAGAAUUAUCCUGGGUUUGUUUGGAGUUUUUUAAUGAGAAGUUUGCAUAGAAAAGCUGUAAAAUACUUUGUAUAAAGAUAGAACCUUCAAUCAUAUAAGUAUUAUGAUAACAUUCAAUUCCCACUCCUAGUGCAUUUCUGUUUUAGAGACUUAAGUAAUAUAUAUACAUAAAGCUGGUGUUUCAGAAAUGAAGGUUAUGAUCUCAGUGCUUAAUUGAUGUUUUUUUCUGGCUUUUUCUGAGAUUCUGCUUUACUCCUGUUAGUCUCAGUGGAGAUGGUAUGGAUGUGAUUUUUUAGUGCUUAGGAUACUGCAGGAAUAUAAGAGGAUGUUUUGGGUAGCAAGAUACUGGUGCCUCUGAAUACUAUAUGAGCAGCACUGUGGCUAGCCCGAUGUCAGCACUUGCCUCUUCAAGCAGUGGGAGAAAAUCUACAAGCUUUACGCCUGAGUUGCAGAGUAUGAUGUUUUCCUUGGGAGAUGCUCGCAGGCCGCUCCAUGAAACUGCAGUACUGGUUGAAGAUAUUGUCCACACUCAGCUGAUAAAUUUGUUGCAGCAAGCAGCUGAAGUUUCUCAGUUGAGAGGAGCACGAGUCAUCUCUGCUGAAGAUCUCCUGUUCCUAAUGCGCAAAGAUAAGAAGAAGCUUAGAAGGCUACUUAAAUACAUGUUUUUUCGAGACUAUAAAUCUAAAAUUGUCAAAGGAAUAGAAGAAGAUGACCUCCUUGAAGACAAAUUCAACAGCAGUAACACCAACAAACGGCAGAAGCUUGCUCAAGACUUCCUCAACUCCAUUGACCAGACUGGAGAGCUCUUAGCUAUGUUUGAGGACGAUGAGAUUGAUGAUGUCAAGCAAGAGCGGAUGGAGAGAGCAGAAAGACAAACACGAAUGAUGGACUCGGUCCAGUAUGCAGAAUUCUGUGAGAGUCGGCAAUUGAGUUUUUCAAAGAAAGCAUCCAAGUUUCGUGACUGGUUGGACUGUAGCAGUAUGGAAAUAAAGCCAAAUGCAGUUGCAAUGGAAAUUUUGGCAUAUUUAGCAUAUGAGACUGUGGCCCAGUUGGUGGACUUGGCCCUUCUGGUUAAGCAGGACAUGGCUCCGAAAGCUGGUGACCCGUUCAGUCAUGCCAUAUCUGCCACUUUCAUACAGUAUCACAAUUCUGCUGAGCCACAUCUCUUAGGGCAAUCUACAAGUGUGAAGACAAGUCUUGACUCUCCUGAAAACACACCACCUCCUACACCCACACCCCCAGCAUCAGCAGGACAGCAAUACCUUGGAAAAACCCCAUCAGGAGCCCUGGGAAAUGGUGGAAUUGGACAGGACUCUACCAAAUCCAAACAAAGGAAAAGAAAAAAGAGCACUGCAGCCUGUGGUAUAGAGGCUCAAAGCGAUGCCAUCCAGCCCAGCCACAUCAGAGAGGCCAUUCGACGCUAUGGCCACAAGAUUGGCCCCCUUUCCCCAUUCACAAGUGCCUACCGCAGAAAUGGGAUGACUUUUCUCGCCUGCUAGUAUGAAUGUGGCUGCAGCAACAGGAAAGACAGUGUUAUAUUAAGGUGAUUUUCUUUUCCCCUCCAUGGAAGGAAAAAAAAUACAAGCUCCGAUGUCUCAGUGUACCAGUGAGUGGGCUGGUUUGUUGUGACUAUCUGCUGGCUGACUGUCUCUUUUUCCAGCCCCCUCAAUCGUUAUUCUUGUUUACUAGCUGGAACAUUUAGCUAAUUAAUGGCAGGAUGUUUGGGAUAGGGUGUAGGUGGACAAGAAUGCAGAUCAGACAAUGCUGAAGUUUGCAGGGGACUAACUGCUGUCAGCCUCUUUCUGAAAUGCAAUGUCAUUUUUAUUUAAGUCUUUGGAAGUCUGUAUGUUCUCCUAGAGAUAUAUUUUUUUUAAAAGCAGGAUGAGGCAGAAGGAGGCCAGAGAUAGACUGGGUUAUAUGAGUUUUUCAAGGUUAUUAAAAGGUCAUAUGUGUUUUCCUUAUGAUCUUUACUGAAAGCAAAACUGUUUUCCACAAUUUUCCACUAUUUUCACUAUUCCUCCCAACUAAUUUUUAACUGUUCAGAUAGGGUAAUCCAGUUUAAUCCAAUGAGGAGCUUUUUUUAUGAGAGUAAUAGCUAGUUCAGAUCCAAAGAUACUCAGAGAAAAAGUUCAGAUUAACUGUACUUUACCAGUUAGAGACUUUUCUUUUUUUCAGAUCCAAGGAUAGUCUAAAUCAGCCCCAAAUUCUAGGUAUUUAAGUCUCCUAAGGCUCGAGCCAUCAGUAUCUGAAAUCAAGGAGAGCCUUUGCAGUGAUUUGGCACUGGAUUGGACCCCUAUUCGUAAAAAUGCAUCCUAAAGUACUUGAAUAGCUGUGUCUGUCUCAGUGGUUGUAGGCAAAGGCUUAACGCUAUGUACUUGCUCAGCAUUUGCUGCAGGAAGCAGAUGUUGUCUCUGUUAUUGACAAAGACAGCAUUACUGUUGGGUUUGGUUAAAGAAGAAAUGGGCUUUUUGCCUUUUUUAUAUUUUCGUUCACGUUGUUUGUUUUCAGAUUUAUUUUUUAAAUCUCAGUCCCUCCUUCUAUGCUUUUUCCCCAUCCGCUGCUCCUCCAGCCUUCGCUGGCCUCAAAAGCACAUUCAUUUCUUCCCAUAAAAACUGUACAAAUAUAGAGCUAACCACAAUGAUGCUUGACCAGAGAAAAGGGCUCAUGCUUCAGCCCAUCAUCAAGAUAUACAAGCAUGGACUGCUUGUAUCCCUGUGGUACCCCUUGGGCCCAGGGGGUCUGCUCCAGCCACUCUAAGCCCAGUCUUGAAAUCUAACUUAAACCCCAAAUUAAUACAGAGUGCUCAAGAUAUCAUGAGGAGAUGAUAGCAAAAUAUCACUUGCAUAUAGUUCAGCCAUCCUCCUCUUUUAUGCUUAGUAUGUGAGGUCUUAAUUUUUACUCGCAACAAUGCUCUUGUUGUCCUUUUAAGUGGUUUUGUUUCUCUGCUUUUCUGGACCUGCUUACAAAAACUUUAAAAAUACAUAUGUAUUUUAAAUAAACAGAAAAAUGCCUCUUCUCUUUACAACCAAAAUAUUGUGGAAGUGAGCUUUACACAUCAAAUAUUACUGCCAUUCAUAAAUUGCUAUUUUGUUUUACCUGCUUACGCUUCUAUUUUCUGGAAUCAAUUUGUGUGUAAAGGACUAAAAGUAAUGUGUACAAUGCAGUGUAUUAAAUGAGGGAGGGAAGUUUUCUGAUGUUUCAUCUGUACUUCUUGAAAUGUAUGAUUAAACUUUUCUUUUUAUCAUCA